AUGGUGGGCAAGAAGUCGGGCAAGGCCCUUCGUGACGAAGGUCUCGAGCGGACGGACAACAACAUGGAGCUGUCUAGCUGGCCGCAAAUCCCACCUAUCAACCAAAAAAACUAUUAUACCGACUAUCUCAAGAGAGAUGAUCAGUACCUGGCAUUCAGACUCCAGAAUGAGGAGGCAAGGACGAGGAUGACCAAAUCCGCCAAGGACAAAGACCGUGCCCUUGCAAUGGCCAAACCCAACGAAGCGGGUGAAGCAGAAGCAGACGCGGAUGGCGAUGCCAAUAUGGAGGACGCGGAGGAAGUACCAGCGGAGACCGCUGGCUCCAAGGUCAUUGUCAUUCACAUUGGCAGCCAGAACCUGCGUAUUGGGCUGGCCAGUGAUGCCUUGCCAAAGACAGUACCGAUGGUGAUUGCGCGAAAGUCGAAGACCAGCGAAAGCGAAGACCAAGAGGAACCUAAGCCGAAAAGGCAGAAGCGAGACGAUGGCUCUCCCGAGGAGCCAGAGAACCUUUUUGGUGAGGAGUGGUCAUCUCACUUCAACCGAAUGUCGGCAGACCUCAAGGUGCACAUGCGACAAAACAAACGACGAAUGUUGCCCAACUCGAAAGAAAUGGUGGUCAACUAUAACCGGAGGACGAACCCCGAAAUCAUUUCAGAGCACAACGACCCCCUGCGCGUCGACUGGACCGAGCUGUCCAACCCUCCGCCAGAGUACAUCAUUGGACAGCCUGCAUUGAGGGUUCCAGACUCCUCAAAUCCCCGCUACAAGCUCUAUUGGCCCAUCAAGCACGGAUGGUGUAAUGAACGGGACUACGAGAGCAAGAAAAUGCUGUUUUUGGACAUUUCGCUGAUCCUGGAAGAUGCAAUCAAGAAUCAACUGGGUCUGUCCAGCAAGAAAGACUGGCCCCAGUACUCUUGUGUGUUCGUCAUCCCUGACCUGUACGAGAAGUCCUACGUCAAUCAAGUGUUGGAGAUGUUGAUGCGGGAGUUCGCAUUUGCGCGGGUGUGUUUCAUCCAAGAGAGCCUUGCGGCAACAUUUGGUGCCGGCUUCACCUCUGCUUGUGUGGUGGAUGUUGGAGCAGAGAAAACGUCGAUCUGCUGCGUGGAGGAAGGUAUGUGCUUGGAGAACUCGCGCGUGAACCUGAAAAUGGGCGGCCGAGAUGUCACCGAAACCUUCAUCAAGAUGAUGUUGCAUGACCAUUUCCCCUAUGCCGAUAUAGAUCUGUGGCGACGGUACGACUGGCUGCUGGCCGAGGAGUUGAAGAAGAAUAUUUGCACGAUGAACGAGGCCAGUGUUUCUCCGCAGGUCUUUGACUUCCAUCUCCGGGUUUCAGGUCAAGAUACUGUGAAGCAUAACUUUAAAGCUUUCGAUGAAGUUCACUUGGCCCCAAUGGGUUUCUUCGAACCAACACUGUUUGACAACAGCGACAAACUCAAGGGACGUGGAAAACUGAUCGAUCGUUCUGUUGACAUUUACGAUGGUCAGAUGAAUGAUCCUGCCUCUGGGGCUCAGUCCGAGAUCAUGACUGCUCUUGCGCCCCCGCUUUCCCCCGGCGAAAAACAAGAUGGUGACGCUUCAGGAGUACCCGCGGAGGUCCAAGCCACUCCCAGCAAACCCCAGCAGCCCAGCGUAUUGGGUCGACUCCAGGAGCAGGAGGCUACGCCUCGCUCUUCCGUUGCUGGUUCCCCGGCGCCAGAAGCUGCAGGAACUCCCCAGGCGGGUGCCAGUACCCCUGCUGCACUCGCGCCGACAACUCAGCCGGCCCGCUCUGCGGUAGAAUAUCGCGAUGAUAUUUUGCCCGUCUAUGCCUUGGACAAUGCCAUCUUAACCUCCAUCGCACACGCCGCUCGAUCUGAUGAAAAGAAGAUGCGUGACUUCAUCGGCGGUAUCAUGAUUGUCGGUGGCGGUAGUCUGACGAGUGGCUUCAAUCUGUUCCUGGAGGAGCGGCUCCAAAUGCUUCGCCCAGGCUUUGCGAAGGAUAUCAUGAUUGCUCGCGAUCCACUUCGACCCAUCCGUCCUUCUAUCCCAUUCCUCCCGGCUGUUUAUCUUCGCUCUGAGCUGGUCACCGAAUUCGAAUCCCGCUCCGGCGAGUCUGAUAUUCACAUCGACCGCAACAUGUCUUCCAAGUCCAAGGAAAGCCAGUCCUCUGGCGGCUUCCAUCAGGAGUACAUCGCAUCUCUGCGCUACCGCAAUGACCUCCCUCCACCUGAAAUGCCCCCAAAGUUCCUCGAUAUUCCCCAUGAAGGCCUGAGCCGUUUCCUCACUCCUGGUUUUGCAUCGAACCUGGCACGUCGCGAGGAACCCAAUGUUGAUGUUGAUGCCGAGGGCGGUAUGCCCAUUGACCUUGUUGGUAUCCCGGGUCUUCACCUGGGAGAUGAGAGUGCUAUCAUGGCUCCCGAGCACCCCGGUCCUCUUGACGAGGCAGACCUCCCCCUGCUGAUGACCCUUGAUCAGCUUCGCAACCCUGCUCCCAAGAACACGAAUGUCAGCUUCCUUCGUCGCACUCAGCACAUCUCAGUUGAUCGCGCAGCAGCAGCACUGGGCACGCCGGCCAGAGCUCAGGCCCGCCCUGGUAAGAAGGGCAAGGUCUCAGUGGAUGACCCGCGGCACAUCAAGAAAUUCAUUCAGAAGGGCUUCGAUGUUGCAUACCCCGAGAGCAAGCACAUGGGAGAAGACACAGAGAGCCGUAUCCGUGGUCUUCCCGCCACGAAGGCUGAUACUGACGCUUGGGCAAACCCCGUCCACCCGGACAACCCGAAAUUGAAGCCCGUUGGUUUCUUCCCAGUCUUGCCUGAUCUUGAGGGCUUCCCGGAUCCUGGUGGCUAUGUUCAGUUCAAGUUCGACAAGGCGCCGGUUGCUGGCAUUGCUGGCAAGCGCGAUAAGCGCAUGGAAGCGGCACUUCAUGAGGCCAACCCUAAUCUCUACCCGGACCCUGGUCCGAUUCCAUUCGACUACGAGCUUCUCUUGCCCGAGAAGCCUGAAAAUGCCAAGAAUAUCCGCACCAGCAUGAACAUCAACGACCCGAACCGCGACGACGAAAGCCUCUACACCCACGAAGGACCUGAUGGCACGAAGUUCCAUCGCUAUGACCGUGCCCGCACCUACGCCACCAGCAUGCAGUCUCUCAACACUGAACAGAAACAGAGAGACAUCGCUCUCACUCUCUUCACACCCGCCGAGGGCGAGGACAAGCAGCUGGCCGCCUACUACUACCCGAUUCUUGGCAAGACUCGUCUCAAGCCCGAGCGUGCCCGCACGAUCGCGCAAGCCGGCCUGGCCCCCAAUGCAUCUCAGACGCAGGAGGACCAAAUCGACCAGAUGCAGGUGGUGGUUCGUGACCCCGACGAGGCUGAGAUGUACAAACGCUCUCUUCACCGCGCGAACAUCGACCCGAAGUUCGCAAGCACACUACCCCCACCACCCGAGCCUCCUGUCGAGGAACAAGAGCAGCCCGAUGAGGGCGAUGCUGGUGAGAAUGCAGCUUCUCCUGAUGCAGCUGACGAGGACACUCGAAUGAGCGAUGAGUAG